UCUGCGCAAGAUCAGUCUGCUCUGCUGCCAAAGAAGCGAGAUGGCCCGGCUCUCUUUCGUCCCCAUCUCCCUGCUGCUGCUAGCUAGCCUCGCCGCCGGCGCCGGCGCCGCAGCAGCCGCGGAUCCAGGGGAAGGGGGCCCCAGGGUCAGCGUGCAGUACGCGAGCGAGGAGGAGUCCCGGUGGCUGGACCGCUGGACGGAGAAGCAUCUGGCCCAACAAGGGUCCGGCCAAGCCAUCGAGAUUCAGCCGGGCACCGACGAGGAGUCGGCGCAACUGAGCCGCAUGUUCCCCGGCAACGCCUACAUCGGCCACAUUGAGUAUGACAAGGACCAUCCCUUUGGCAGAAUCGUCGUGGAUGCCUUCCACUCCAAAGCUCGCCAGGCGAAGCCGAACGAUGAUCUGCAGAAGCAGGGCCAGGAGGAGUCUCGCUCUCACGCCGAGCACGACGUCAAGGAUCUUUAGGAGCCGGCGAGGCCAUAUCCAUGACGACCUUGUCGAUGGACGGAAUAACGGAGGAUGACUGUGAGGAGUUCGAGUUCUUGUCGUGCAUCAUUAGCCAGUUUUAGUAGCUCGUUAGGGAGUCGCAGCCAGUACUAUGGGGAUUGUCCUCAGAGAGAUUAGUCGAGUCAUUGUCUACUGUCUAGUAGUAGUAGUAAUUCUGGUUUAUUCUGCCGUGUGUGGUGCUCUCCAUUUGCAAUUUGUCGUUGCUUAGCGAAAAUCCAUUUGGUUAGAAAGAUCUCUUAGUACUUUCAGAAUUUAAGAUCUCAUUCAGCCAGAUGUGAAAUCGUCUAAAGAGCCGUAAUCAAACCCACAAGGCGCAAAAAAAGACUAAAUCAUUCCUCCAUAUGAAGUUCAUGUGGGACAAAAAUUUGAAUGCCAAGCUUUUUGGGACCGAGGUAGUACACAACAAGGAAUGCUGUACAGGCAGUUUUUCUUUUUUCGAAUACUUAGUGGAGGUUCAUGCAUGAAUGAAACAAAAUAAGAAAUAAUGAUUGAAAAAAGAAUUUCACAUGCUGCGAAAAUCAAGAAGAUAUUGAUGCCCAACCCUUUUACCGUGAAACAAAGAAUCGGUUUAACUUUCAACUUUGUACUGGCGAGCAAACGGA